CAGCCGAGCCGGGCCGAGCCGAGCUGGGACAGGGCAGCGCGGGCCCGACGAGCAUGGGGCGGCUGCGGGCCGGGCUGGGGCUGGGGCUGGCGCUGGCGCUGGGGCUGUGCGGGCUCCUGGCCGGGCCGGCGCUGGGCAGCCACGUCCCCCCGCGCUACAGCCUGUACACGGCCGGCGCCGGGCCCCCCCCCGCGCCGCCGCCCCCGCCCGCGCCCGCGCCCGCGCCCGCCGCCCGCGCCGCCAGCCGACACCGCAACUGGUGCGCCUACGUGGUGACCCGCGCCGUGAGCUGCGUGGUGGAGGACGGCGUCGACACCUUCGUCAAGCCCGACUACCAGCUCUGCGGCUGGGGGCAGCUCCAGUGCCCCCGCGCGCUCGCGUACCGUAGCUUCGUGCGGCCACGCUACAAGGUGGCCUACAAGACAGUGACGGACCUGGAGUGGAGGUGCUGCCAUGGCUAUGCGGGCAAUGACUGCCUGGAGGGGCCGGCGCAGGCCCCCGCACUUACCACCACUCGCCCGCGCCCCCGGCCUGGGCGCCCCACGCUCUCUGGCUUCGGCAACCCCCUGAGUGGCCUGGGGGGAGAAGGCCCUGGAGACAGCGAGAAGGUGAAGGAGCUGGAAGAGAAGGUGCAGAGCCUGAGCCAGCAGCUGCAAGAUCUGCAGUCCACGGUGCGGAGUGGUGGUGAGACGCUGACGACCGAGGUGCGCCGGGCGGUGGAGGCCUCGCUCAAUGGCAAGGCCCCAGCCGACGCUGCUGCGGCCCCUGAGGUGCAAGAGACGUUGGACGCCAUCCAGCGCCGCUUGGAGAGCCUGGACAACCGCAUCACCAGCCACGCUGCUGAGCUCGACCACCUGAGCCACAGCCCCGGCGGGCGGCAGGGGGCGGUGGUGCCAGGCGCGGCAGGCGAGCUGGAGCAGCGGGUGCAGGAGGCCUGCGCGCCCUGCCUGGCAGGCACUGAGGGUCUGCGACGGCAGCAGGCUGAGGACCGGGAGCGCUUGCGGGGGCUGGAGAAGCUGGUGGGCUCCGUGGACCAGCGCAACAGGGAGGCGGUGGAGGGUGUGCGGCGGCAUGUGAGCGCACUGGCUUCCCGCCUGCCCCAGGACUGCUGUGCCUCGCUGGAGGGGCUGCAGCGCCGCCUCGAUGACUUGGAGCGCCGCCUCGACGUGGUGGCCGGCUCCUUCACCGUGCUCAAUGGGCGCCUGGACCACGAGCUGAGCGGGCUGGAGCGGGCAGAGCCAGGUGCAGUGCCGGACAUGGGGCUGGAUGGACGCCUGGCCAUACUCGAGGGCCGAGUCAACACCACGCAGCGCAGCCUGGAGGAGCAUGAUCUGCAGCUCCAGGCCGACCUGCGCGCCCACGUGGCCGAUGAGCUGGCACAGGCCGGCGAGCGCCUAGACUCACGGCUGCGCGGGGCUGAGGGCCACCUGGCUGAUUUGGAUGCCCGGCUCGGUGGCUUCCAGGGCCAUGUGUCACAGGCUCUACGCAAUCUGAGUGGGGAGCUGGAGGAGCUGAAGGGCAGCGCAGGGCUGCCCGGCUCUGCCGUGGCGCGGCUGGAGGAGCUAGAGCAGCGGGUGCAGGACUGUGGCCAGCUGUGCCCCACAGCGGGUGGGGGGCCCCAGGAUGGGGACGCCGGGUUGCAUGCCCUGGAGCGGCACGUGCUGGACGUGGAAGAGCAGCUGCGCGGGUUGAGCGCGGGGCUGCAGCAGCUGGGGGCUGGCCGGGAUGCGCUGGGUGGUGCGGUGCGGGGGCUGCAGGGCAUAGUGGGGAAGCUGGGGGCACGGCUGGACGGGCUGGAGGGCACCAGGGGCCUGGCCUCGCUGCACAAGGACCUGGCGCUCUACUACAACCGCACGGGCACGCGGCUGGGCCGGCUGGAGGACGCGUUGCGGGGUGGCUGUGGUCAGGCCUGCCCUGGGCUGCAGGAGGAGCUGGGCCGGCUGCGGGCCGAGGUGGCCGCCUGUGCCCUGCCCUGCCAGUCGGGGCCGGGGCCGGGGCCGGGGCCGGGGCCGGGUCCGGGCGAGGAGCUGCCCGAGGCCCACAAACCGCUGGAUGGGUUCAGUGUGUUUGGGGGGGUGUCUGGUGUGGACCUGAAGGCGCUGCAGGGUGAGCUCUCGGAGGUGAUCCUCAGCUUCAGCUCGCACAAUGACACGCUGCGCGGGCUGCAGGCAACUAUGGAGAAGCACCAGACCGACCUGCGGCAGCUGGACACCACGAAGGACCACAUCAUCGCCGAGAUCAACAAGGUGCAGGCUGAGCUGACGGAGCACGUGGCCGACAGUGACACGCGCUUCGAGACCUUGGCGCACCUGCCGGCGCCCACCUGCCAACCCGGCCUGGACGAGCGGCUGGCCAAGCUGGAGAGCGUGUGCGAGCAGCUGGACACGGUGGGCGGCAGCCUGCGCAAGGUCAAGGAGGGGCUGGGCCGGCACGUGGCCGGGCUGUGGGGGGGCCUGAGCGAGCUCAAUGCCACGCUGCGCACCCACGGCGCGCUACUGGACAAGCUGUAUGCCGGCGCCCAGCUCGUGCCCCUGGCCCGCAGCAUCAAUGCGCUCAACGCCUCCCUGCAGCACCUGCUCGCCCAGGUGCAGGACCUCGCGCUGCAGGACCGCACUGGGCCCCCAGGCCCUGAAGGCCCCCCAGGCUUCCCAGGACCCCCUGGCCCAGCCGGGCCCCCUGGCAAGGAUGGCAUUGAGGGCCCUGUUGGCCCCCCAGGGCUCCGCGGAGAGAGAGGCGACGCGGCCGUGGUGCCCCACGUCUCGUUCUCGGCCGCCCUGACGUGGGAGCAUGUGGAUCCGGGCACCAUCCCCUUCGACAAGGUGCUGGUCAACGACGGUGGUGCCUACGACCCCGACUCUGGCACGUUCGUGGCCCCCGUGGCCGGGCGCUACUUCAUCAGCGUGGUGCUGACGGGGCACAAGCAUGAGAAGAUCGAGGCCGUCCUGUCCCGCUCCAACCAGGGCAUCGCCCGCAUCGACUCCGCCGGCUACCAGCCCGAGGGGCUGGAGAACAAGCCCGUGGCCGAGCACCAGCCCAGCCCUGGGGCGCUGGGCGUCUUCGCCCUGGUCCUGCCCCUGGAGGCAGGCGACAGCCUGUGUGUGGACCUGGUGAUGGGCCGCCUGGCGCACUCCCCCGAUGAGCCCCUCACCAUCUUCAGCGGUGUCCUGCUCUACGAGGGGGAUGAGGAUGGUGCCUAGCCCUUGCCACGGGCGUGGGGGGCACCGCCGCUGCAGCCUGGCGUGGGGGCUCCCUGCCCUCCCAGGGGCAGCGAUGCUGUGGGGGGGCAGAGCAGGGCUCCCCGCUCCCCCCAGGCCUGGCCUCCCCAGGGUGCGGUGGGGUCCUGCCAGGCCUGGGGGGCCCAGCCCCAUGUCCUGGGGAGAGUGGGGGCAGAGCCCGGGUAUGAUGGGGCAUGAGCCCCCCCACUUCAUGGGGUGGCCCCCCUGCGCAAGCUGCCCCAGGGCCCUUCACUGAUGCCCAGGGCUGCAGUGAUGGUCCUGACCAUCCCCCCCCUCCAGCCUGCUGCUGGGGGGCCUCAGUUCCCACACCCCUGCAACAAGGUCUGGUUCCCUGCCCCCCCCCAAAGAACCCUGCCCCACGUGUCAGCCCCUGCCCACGUGCUACCACGCUGCUGCCACGUCACCGCCUGCCCGUGCCCACCGCCACGGCUUCACGUCGCACCAGCUCAGGACCGCCUGCUGCGAGCCCAGCUCCGCCUGCCCCCACGGCCACGCCGGCGGAGCUGGCAGGGGCGAGGGCAUCGUGCCCCCCCAGGCAGCGCCAGGUCGUGCCAGGCCCGGCGGGGCGGAAGGGGCGCCGGGCGCCGUCCCCACGGCAGGGCCGCGCUCUGCAACGGUUAUUAAUAAAGGAGCGUCACCUUUUUGUA